UUGCGUAUUUGUCGGGAGGUUUGUCCCUGCCGCGGGCCUGUCGGAGCUAUCCGCUCACGCGCAGCGAUGCCGACGAGAGGCUGAAGGGCCGCCCGCCUUGGCUGCGGUAAUGGUGGCCGGAGGAGGCGAGGGAAGAAAUAAUUUCAAAAAAUCACACACGCACGCGUACACACGAGAGGAAAGGAAUCGAUUCACUCGGCCCGGGUUAAGCGCGCCUCCUACACCAUGGCCGAGAUCCCGAAGACGUUGCGGUGCUUUCGGGAGGAGCACGCCGGAGAGAAACUGAAGGACGACAACGUGUUGACGGUGACUUCGGUGGAGCAGAAAACAGUAGAACUGAAUGUGGAAGAGGCAUACAAAGCAUUCAGAAUUGAUCGGAGCACGCUACAACCUGUCCUUCAAAGAGAGAAACAUUUCCAAUACUUGAAGAAAGGUCUGAGGCAUCUCUCAGAGUCGUAUUCGUGUUUGGACGCCAGCCGGCCCUGGCUCUGUUACUGGAUCUUGCAUAGCUUGGAGUUGCUAGGAGAACCAAUCGAUGAUUGUAUGGCAUCAGAUAUCUGUCAAUUCCUAUCACGAUGUCAGAGUCCAAAUGGUGGAUUUGCUGGUGGACCAGGCCAAGAGCCACAUCUUGCACCGACAUAUGCAGCAGUGAAUGCACUCUGCAUUAUAGGCACAGAAGAGGCAUAUAAUGUCAUUAACAGGGAAAAGCUGCUAGAAUUUCUAUACUCUGUGAAACAGUCUAAUGGUUCCUUUACUAUGCACGUGAGUGGAGAAGUCGAUGUUAGGAGUGCCUACUGUGCGGCAUCUGUUGCAUCCUUAACGAACAUCAUCACACCAACGUUGUUUGAGGGGACACCUGAGUGGGUGUUAAGAUGUCAGAAUUGGGAGGGUGGGAUUGGUGGUGUACCUGGAAUGGAAGCCCAUGGUGGCUAUACUUUCUGUGGUAUGGCUGCCAUGGUUAUCCUUAAAAAGGAGUGGAUGCUGGACCUCAAAGCUUUGUUACGCUGGGUGACCAGUCGGCAGAUGCGGUUUGAAGGUGGAUUUCAAGGUCGGUGCAACAAAUUGGUGGAUGGUUGUUACUCAUUCUGGCAAGCUGGACUCUUACCACUCCUGCAUCGUGCGUUGCAUGCACACGGGAAUGAUACUCUCAGUAUGACACGCUGGAUGUUCCAUCAAGGAGCCCUACAAGAGUACAUCCUACUUUGCUGUCAGAAUUCUACUGGGGGAUUGCUGGACAAACCUGGCAAGUCAAGGGAUUUUUACCAUACCUGCUAUUGCCUAAGUGGUCUUUCAGUGGCUCAGCACUUUGGCAGUGGAGAACUUCUACACGAAGUUAUUGUUGGCGAAAUAAACAAUCGGCUGGAACCAAUCCAUCCUGUAUACAACAUUAGUCCUGAAAAAGUAGCACAAGCUGUUAUGCACUUCCUCAAGCUACCAGUACCACAGAUGAAAAGCAAUUCAAAUUAAAUUCAUUAUGUAUUCAAAGUAACUAACUUUCCAAGUACAAAUUGUGUAACCUGAGUGCAAAGAAUUGUGGUUUACAAAGUAAAAUGAUUCACUUGAAGCAGGGACUAGUAUCAAGUUAUUUUCUUCUGACAACAACAAGCCAUUGGCACUGCCUAUACUGUGACUGACUAGUCUAUGUUCAGCAACUUGCUCCUCAAUGCUGGAGAAAGUGUGGUAUCUGUAAGUGUUCUUAGUUUUAUAACUGAAUUCCUCAGUAAAACCGAAUAGGAUUAGUGCAAGUAUAGCACUGUGCUUUAUAUUGGCUUCAGAAAUAAUUUAUCACAGUUGCAAUAAAAAUAAUCUUUUCAAGCAUUCCAUUUUGUCUGAAUGAAUUUUCAUUGUUUCAUUGUUUUAUUGUGCUUUUCUUUUUCUAUAUAAAGGAUUAUGUUGCUUAUUGGAUGACCAAAGAAUUGUUGAAUGCCUGAGACUUAAGUUGAGCAGUUUAUUGUAUGUUUUGAAAACUUGUCAUAAUAAAAUGUGUUUAACUGAGAAGGUGAUAGUUCAUCAUACCUUAUGGAUGAAAAUCAUGCCUGGAAACGCAAAAUAAUCAAUGGGAUAAAAAUAGAAAGGCCUGCAGAAUGUCAGCAGUAGUAAUGGCAUCUGUGGAGAGAAAAACAUAUUUAAUAGUUUGUGUGCAAGAAUCAUACUGGACUUGAAACAUUAACUGAUUCUUUCUCUACAGAUCUGCCAGAGGCUGCUGACUUUCUCCAGCACUUGUUUUAGUUUCAGAUUUCCAAAAUCUGCAGUAUUUUGCUCUUACAAUAAUAGUACAUUUUAAAAAGCUUUGUCUUCAUGUUUUCGACAUUUUAAUCAACUUGUUCAGAAAUGUAAUGAUACAGUUUGACUUGAACCUUGGACUUCUGACUCUGAGCUAGGGACACUACCACUUCACCACAAGAAUCCCUUCCUCUUGUUUUUUAUGCUGUAAUAUGACCCAGCACUGCUUAAUGACAGACAAAUGUAAGAGACAGGUUUUAGGCUUGCUGAGUGUCACAGCUGUAUCACCUGGUCCUGUUCUGCCAACAUUGUAAAACAUAGAAGUCUCAAACAUUUUUGAGAAUUGCACUUGACAGUCCGAGGUUUCAAACCAGCUGUUUUACUGGAACUUCAAUCACAGAUUCUCAGUCAGUCAGGAAUAUGAAUGGUUCCAAUUCCACCCAUGUCCUGACUGGAGUCACUUCGGUAUGCAUGUAGUUUGCCUUGUUGGCCAAUGGAAAGAUCUUGCAGUGCAAAGAUUGAUUUUUCUAAUUAAAGUUGGCAAUAUAUGUACAAAGUGAAUAAAGUUGCUUCUCUUCACAAUGGAUCUAUUGUGAAAUAACAUUGACAGAUAAGUGCCUAAGCUUCACUUGGUGCCUCUCACUACAUAUUGUCUGUGAUUGCAAUACUCCUGAGCCCACAUCAGAGGGUAUACUAACUGUUGCAUUAAAACUAUUUCUGUAAAGCUUUUUUUAAAGUAACUUAGCAGUUUGAUUGCAGGUAUAAACAUUGAACUUCUUAUGUGGCUAUGACCAAGAGUUAACCCCAUCAUGUUAGUAAUUUUAAAAAUGAGUAAUACUCUCUGUGGUUUAUCUGAAAAUUAAUGUUUGGAUUGCUUGCCAUCAAAAUUAAACUUGCUCCAGGUUGUAAAUAAUUAUUUUCCAUGUGAAUUCUUUGUUUUAAUGUGGAAAUGUUGAAAUGUGGUAAGUGAUGUUCCAAACGGAUUAGUUUAAAUGAAACCUCUUCAAGGACAUUGUAAUUUCGACUAUCUUCUAUCAAAUUUAUUGUGUGAACUUGUCUGUUACAGCACAUAGGUGUGCAAUUUUUAUACCUAUUUCACUUGUUUAAAAAUUAAAAAUCACCUUUGGUUUUGAA